CCCCUCCCGGCCAAGAUGUCUGACAUGGAGGAUGAUUUCAUGUGCGAUGAUGAGGAGGACUACGACCUGGAGUACUCUGAAGACAGUAAUUCUGAGCCAAAUGUGGAUUUGGAAAAUCAGUACUAUAAUUCCAAAGCAUUAAAAGAAGAUGACCCAAAAGCAGCUUUAAGCAGCUUCCAAAAAGUUUUGGAACUUGAAGGUGAAAAAGGAGAGUGGGGGUUUAAAGCACUGAAACAAAUGAUUAAGAUUAACUUCAAGUUGACCAACUUUCCGGAAAUGAUGAAUAGAUAUAAACAACUCUUAACCUAUAUUCGGAGUGCAGUGACAAGAAAUUAUUCUGAAAAAUCCAUCAAUUCUAUUCUUGAUUAUAUCUCUACUUCUAAACAGAUGGAUUUACUGCAGGAAUUUUAUGAAACAACACUGGAAGCUUUGAAAGAUGCUAAGAAUGAUAGGCUGUGGUUUAAGACAAACACAAAGCUUGGAAAAUUAUAUUUAGAACACGAAGAAUAUGGAAAACUUCAAAAAAUAUUACGCCAGUUACAUCAGUCCUGCCAGACUGAUGAUGGAGAAGAUGACCUGAAAAAAGGUACACAGUUAUUAGAAAUAUAUGCCUUGGAAAUUCAAAUGUACACAGCGCAGAAAAAUAACAAAAAACUGAAAGCACUGUAUGAGCAGUCGCUUCACAGCAAGUCUGCCAUCCCUCACCCACUGAUCAUGGGUGUCAUCAGAGAAUGUGGUGGUAAGACGCACUUGAGAGAAGGUGAAUUUGAAAAGGCACACACAGAUUUUUUUGAAGCCUUCAAGAAUUAUGAUGAAUCGGGAAGUCCAAGACGAACUACUUGUUUAAAAUACUUGGUCUUAGCAAACAUGCUAAUGAAGUCGGGGAUAAAUCCAUUUGACUCACAGGAGGCUAAGCCGUACAAAAAUGAUCCAGAAAUUCUAGCAAUGACAAAUUUAGUAAGUGCCUAUCAGAAUAAUGACAUCACUGAAUUUGAAAAGAUUCUGAAAACGAAUCACAGCAACAUUAUGGAUGAUCCUUUCAUAAGAGAACACAUUGAAGAACUUUUACAAAACAUCAGAACACAAGUGCUUAUAAAGUUAAUUAAGCCUUACACAAGAAUACAUAUCCCUUUUAUUUCUAAGGAGUUAAACAUAGAUGUAGCUGACGUGGAAAGCUUGCUGGUGCAGUGCAUAUUGGAUAACACCAUCCAUGGCCGAAUUGAUCAAGUCAACCAGCUCCUUGAACUGGAUCAUCAGAAGAGAGGUGGCGCCUGUUACACUGCACUAGAUAAAUGGACCAACCAACUAAACUCUCUCAAACAGGCUGUGGUCAGCAAGCUGGCCUAAUGGAGAGCAAGCCCACACAGACCUGCUGAGUGCCGAGUUGUAAUCCUUAAGAGAACUGGGAAUGGCAAAACUACUGUCGGUUGAUGUGUCCUGAACAUUACUGGAGUUGUGGCAGAAGUGCUUUUUUGAUCAACUGGUUUAUGUUUUGCUGCUGCAUUUAUCCCAAGAAAAACAGCUUUAAUCUCCAGAAGAAAACCAAAAUACCAUGGGAUUUAUGCUGUAUUGACAUCUUGCCCUAAACAUACAACAUCAUAGUAAUUUGUCAUGGGCAACAUGACCAGAGAGAAGAUUUUGUCAUGAUUUUAAAUACACUGACACGCUACUGUUGGUUCAAUUUAAACAUGUCUUACCUGCAGAAAUUCUCUCACAAAUAACCUGCAAUAACUUGAAAUGCAUACCCUUUUGAACACUUCCUUUUCUCAUGUAUAAAUGAAAAUGUUUGCUGCAUUUUGCAAAAUGUCAGUUCUCCAGAAAUGUGUCCGUAUAUUUCUGUACCUGCAGUGUAGUAAAGGUUUAGAUGAAACCCCGUACUAUAGUGGCAUACUGUCACUUAGGGUUCAAGCAGCAAAUAAACAGUGCAGCUCAGAAAAAAAAAAAAA